AUGUCAUUAGGAACUUUAUAUGCUACUCAACAAACAAGAAGUUGGGUCCCAAAAGCUAUAGUUAAGCAUUUUAAUUUAGAUGUUAAAUUUAGUGAUAAAGAUGAAAAAUAUCAUUCAAAUUUUCCAUUAAAUAAAAUUCCUGCUUUUAUUGGACCAAAAGGUUUCAAAUUGACUGAAGUUUUAGCUAUCAGUCUUUAUUUGAUCAAUUUAGCUGAUCCAAAAUCUAAAUUAUUAGGUAAAAACGCUGCUGAAUAUGCUUCAAUUCUCAAAUGGUCAUCACUUGCAAAUAUGGAAUUAUUACCAACUGAAGCUAAAGUUUUCAGACCAUUAACAGGACAAGCACCUUACAACAAAAAACAAAUUGAUGAAGGUAAUGCCUAUUUAGAUAAACUUAAUGGAGUUUUUGAAGAAAGAUUAUCAAACUUCACUUACUUAGUUGGUGAAAGAUUAACUUUUGCUGAUUAUUUUGUUGCCACUACUUAUGUCAGAGGUUUUGAAUUUUUAUAUGGUAAAGAAUGGAGAGCUAAAUUUCCAAGUGUCACAAGAUGGUACAAAACUGUAAUUGAAUCAGAUUUCUUAAAAUCAAUUGUACCAGAAGUUAAAUUCAGAGAUGCACCAGUUGAAUAUCAACCACCAAAGAAAGAAAAGAAAGAAAAAGCUCCAGCUGCUGCCGCUGCACCAGCUGCUAAGAAAGAAGCUGCUCCAAAGAAACCUGCUGCCGAAGAAGAUGCUGAACCAGCUGCUGCUCCAAAACCAAAACAUCCAUUAGAAGCUUUAGGUAAACCAAAAGCUCCAUUAGAUGAAUGGAAAAGAGUUUAUUCAAACGAGGAAACUAGAGAAACUGCUAUCCCAUGGUUCUGGAAUAAUCAAUAUGAUCCAGAAGAAUGGUCAUUAUGGAAAGUUGAUUAUAAAUAUAAUGAUGAAUUAACUUUAACUUUUAUGUCAAAUAAUUUAGUUGGUGGAUUCUUUAAUAGAUUAUCAGCUUCAACUAAAUAUAUGUUUGGUUGUAUGGUUGUUUACGGUGAAAAUAAUAAUAAUGGUAUUACUGGUGCCUUUUUAGUCAGGGGCCAAGAUUAUAAACCAGCAUUUGAUGUCGCUCCAGAUUGGGAAUCUUAUGAAUUUACCAAAUUAGAUGGUUCAAAAGAUGAUGUUAAAAAAUUUGUUGAUAAUAUGUUUGCUUGGGAUGAACCAGUUGAAGUUAAUGGUGAAAAAAGAGAAAUUGCUGAUGGUAAAGUAUUUAAAUAA